GCCCAGAAAUACAGCGGCGCUGGUCGAGAAAGCAACAUGACCAGCACCAACACCCAUUCCAAGACGUUAGUUCUGUUGGCCCUUUUGGGUUUGGUGGCAGGAGCAUGCGCCGCCAUGCAUCGGAUACCCGUGCGCCGCUCGGAGAAGUUUGUUCGGACCCGCCAAAGCAUCAUAGCCGAACGGGAGCAUAUCUGGAGGAAGUAUAACCCAGUGCAGAGUAGUCUCAGCACCAACAGCAGCAGCAGCAGCACCACCGCCUCAAACUACUCCAUAGAGAGCCUGGAAAAUUUGAUGAAUUUUCAGUACUUCGGGAGCAUCAGCAUCGGAACGCCGCCGCAGACUUUCAUGGUGCAGUUCGAUACGGGAUCUGCGAAUCUGUGGAUUCCCAGCGUGAAUUGCCUCAGCUUGGACUGCUUCAAUCACCGGCAGUACUUCUCCGGUGAUUCGACCACGUAUCAGGCCAAUGGGACCGCCUUCUCCAUCACCUAUGGCUCGGGCAGCGUGUCGGGAAUCCUCUCCACGGAUGUGGUGACCGUCGCUGGCCUACAAAUUGUUGGACAAACAUUCGGUGAGGCCACAGCUGAAACGGGCACAAGCAUGGGCGAUGCCACGUUCGACGGCAUCUUCGGCAUGGGCUACUCCAGUCUGGCCGUGGACGGGGUGCAGCCGCCCUUCUACAAUCUGUUAAAUCAGAGUCUGGUGGAUGCGCCCGUGUUCUCCUUCUACCUGGAAACGAACGGCACCCAGGCGGUGAGCUAUGGAGGAGAGCUCAUCCUGGGCGGCUCCGAUGCCUCGCUUUAUGUAGGGAAUCUCGUCUAUGCUCCCGUCUCCAGCCAGACCUACUGGCAGUUCCAAAUGGAUGCCGUCACUAUGGGCAGCAACACCUUGUGCAGCAACUGCCUGGCAGUGGCCGAUACGGGCAGCUCGUUGCUCAUUGCUCCCUACGACAUCUACCUGAUGAUCCUUUCCUACAUUAGCCAGGAAGUCAGCUGCGCUGCCAUUCCCAGCCUGCCCACCCUGACAUUCACCAUCAGCGGUGUACCCUUCCAGAUACCGCCCAGGGAGUACAUCUUGCAAGAGGAUAACGACUGCUCGCUGGGCAUCGAUUACAUAGAAGGCUCUGAUUUCUGGAUUCUGGGCGACACCUUCAUUGGCCGCUACUACACGGAGUUCGAUUUGGGCAACAAUCGUUUGGGUUUCGCCCCAGUGAACUCCGCGAGUGCCCUGGCAGCCCCGAUCUUCCAACUCGCAGCUCUUUGUGGACUGUGGAAGCUACUCAACCUGCUCUAGAAAUUCUUACGAGUUGAAUUGUGAUUUACAAAAGUAGUUCGCUGGCACAUUAGUCAUUAGCUAGCUCAUU